AUGAGCUGUGGCACAAAGUCUUCGACUAGUACCACUAGAAUUAGCAGUGGAGGUGGUGGUGGUGGUGGUGGAUUUGGUAGUGGAGGAGGGAGCAGCUGUGGAGUUCGUAAGUCUUGUGGAUACUCCUCAGUGUCCAGCAGAAAAUACACUUCCGGAGGAAGCGGAGGCUUUUCUGGGAGAAGCUUUGGUGGAGGAGUUUCCAGGAGCAGCUACGGAGGGGGCUUUAGCAGUGGCAGUUGUGGAAGGAUUAGCCGCAGUAGCUAUGGGGGGAGAAUGAGUGGUGGCAGUUAUGGAGGAGGAAUGAGCUGUGGAAGUAUGGGAGGAGGAUUUGGAUCAGGUGGGGGUGGUUUUGGGAGGAUGGGAGGUGGUUAUGGCGGCAGUUAUGGCAGCUGUGGAUACAGUGGAGGUGAAUUUAGUGGCUUCGGGAGUAGCGGCAGCUUUGGUGGUGGCAGCUUUGGUGGAGGUGGCUUCAGUGGAGCGGGGUUUGGUGAAGAUGCCGGCUUGCUCUCCACAAAUGAAAAGUUGACCAUGCAGAACCUUAACGAUCGCCUGGCAUCUUAUCUGGAUAAAGUGCGACGCUUGGAAGAUGAAAAUAGUCAACUUGAACACAUGAUCAGGGAGUGGUAUAAAAAUCAAGGUCCCACUGGCAGCAGGGACUACAGCCAAUAUUACAGAACGAUUGAAGAACUGCAAAACCAGAUUGUUGAGGCAAAUGUGGACCUCAACAGGAUCCUUCUUGACACUGACACCACCAAAGUAAUUGUGAAUGACUACAGGCUGAAGUAUGAGAUUGAACAUAGUCUCCACCAGAGCGUGGCAAGUGAUAUUAAUGAAUUACGUCCACUUUUGGAUCAGCUGACUCUAGCCAAAUCUGACAUGGAGACACAGUUUGAAUCCCUAAAGGAGGAAAUUAUCUACCUCAAGAAGAACCAUGAAGAGGAGAUGAAAAGCCUGCAGACACAGUCAGGAGGUGAUGUCAAUGUGGAGGUCAAUGCCACCCCUGGCAUUAAUUUGAUGGAAAAGUUAAAAGAAAUGCGUUGUGAAUACGAACGGCUUAUUGAGAACAACCGGAGAGAGGUGGAAAGCUGGUACGAAACCAAGAUGGAAGAAGUUAAUCAACAAGUCCACUCAAGUGGCCAGGAGAUAGAAUCGAGCAACCAGCAGAUCUCUGAGCUGAGGCGUGAAUAUCAAAGCCUGGAAAUUGAGCUGCAGUCCCAAAUCAGCAUGGUUGACUCUUUGCAAUCCAACCUGGAAGACACAGAACGUCGCUACAACAUGCAGCUGCAGCAGAUCCAGAGUCUGAUUGGCCCCUUGGAGGAGGAGUUGGCCAGCAUCCGCUGCGAGAUAGAGAGUCAGAACCAGGAGUACAAGAUGCUUCUGGGCGUCAAGACCCGCCUGGAACAGGAGAUUGCUCAGUACCGGGCCCUGCUGCAGGAGGGGACGCAAGACCUUGUAAUACCAGAAGGAACAGGAGGAGGCAUGGGAUGUGGUAGAACAGGAGGUGGUGGCUAUUCUUCUGGAGGAGGAAGAGGUGGUAGCAUGAGCAGUGGAUAUGGAGGCGAUGGCAGCGGAAUGGGAGGAGGAAUGGGAGGAGGAAUGGGAGGGAUAAGCUGUGGAUCUGCUGGAGGAGGAGGAGGAAGGGUCUCAGGAGGGGUCAGCAGUUCCCACGCCUACUCUUCGUCUUCCCAGUCUCAGUCCUGCAGGAGUGGUGGUGAAAGCCAAGGCUACGGAAGAAAACCUUUUGACUAA